GACAGGCGGGACAAAGCACUUGUUCUGAGGCAGUUGGUGGACCGUUUUUGUCCGGUCGACGGAUAAAUCAGCUUUAAACCCAACAUAUGCGUUUUAACGUUGGUCCAGGAAUACGCAUCCACAUUCUGACGGGCUUCUGCAUUUCCCGAACUGAAUCAAACUUUGGCUGGAAAGAGAGUUUUGAGAGGAAACACGAGCGGACCCUGGUCAAGUGUUCCCCUCCAGAGGGUCUCAGUUCUGGACCGUCCUGAGUGAUGUUUGACCAGCAGCGUUACGAGAGCCCACCGGUCUACAGCCCUCCUUUCACCCCUCCGUCCAACAAUGGCUUUGGACCUCCGGGCAGCUUCCACGGCCCUCAGAGCGAUUACAACGCGUACCCACCUCCCCCGGGAUCCUACUACAUUGAGGAGAAACCGCAGCACUUCUACAAAUGGCUGUCACCUCCCGGGAUCAUAAAGGCCAUGAUGGCCGUGGUGAUCGUGCUGUGCGUGGCCAUAUUUGCCUGCGUGGCCUCGACUCUCAUGUGGGACAUGCAGUACGGAUUCGGAGCAGGAACGGGUUACUAUGGUUCCGGUGCUGGCUAUGGUGGGGGAUACAGUGGAGGAAGCUAUGGCCAGGGGUAUGGCGGCUAUGGAGGUUAUGGAGGCUAUGGAGGUUAUGGAAGCUAUGGCUCAUAUGUCUCUCCCUACUCAGCCAAAACAGCCAUGAUUGCCAUGGUAGCCAUUAACUUUAUCGGAACAUUGGCUUUCUUCAUCGCCAGCUUCUCAAAAUCCAACGUAGUCCGAAGCAGGAAAUUUUUCCUGGCCCUCCUAAUAGGCAGCGUCAUCAUGGCUGUCCUGCAGGGUAUCAUAACCAUUGUCUACAUUGUCGGUGUGAAUCCCAUGGCUCAAAGCUCGUCCAGUAUGAUGUACAAUCCCAUGCUCAUGAUGUGCCAAAGCCUUUAUCAGACCAGCUACUCCCAAAUGGGGGGAGUGGGAGGCUUCCCCAUAUACAACCAGUACCUGUACCAUUACUGCUUUGUGGACCCACAGGAGGGAAUUGCCAUGGUGUGUGGGUUCCUGGUCGUCAUUGCAUUGGGGGUCGCAGCUUUCUUUGCCCAAAAAACAAGAGGGAAGAUCUGGCGCUAUGGAAAACCGAACAUCUACUGGGAUGCGCCACUAGUGGGUGGAAGGGCCUCAGAGGGCAGAGAUGUGGAGGACUGGGUGAACAAUGUGGAGGAAAGUCACAGCAUUCAGGAUGCCCCGACCCUGCUUGUGUCGGAGAAGGGGGGUGGGCUGCUAAACGCCUCAGCCAACAGUGUCCUCUCCUACCCUCCACCCAAGGUGGACAGCAGCUCCUACGAUGGGGAUGACCACCAAUACUCAGAGAGAGUGACCAGUCGGCCAUCGGAGGUGUCUAAUGGAGGGAGAAUCAGCUCCAGCCCUUCAGAGGAGACGGGCGGAGGUCGCAAGCCUUCCGCCCACAGAGGCAAGAGACGCCGACGUAACCCUGAACUGGACGAGUCUCAGUACGAAACAGAGUACACCACAGGAGGGGAGACGGGCAACGAACUUGACGUUGAAGAAUGGGAGUGUAUGUACCCGGCCAUAACAUCAGAUGCUCAGCGUCAGGACUACAAGAGAGAAUUUGACGCUGAUCUUCGAGAGUACAAGCGGCUUUGUGCUGAGAUGGAUGACAUAAAUGAUCAGCUAAACAAACUCAGCCGGCAGCUAGACACACUGGAUGAAUCCACCGCUAAAUACCAGUCGGUCGCAGAUGAAUACAACCAGCUGAAGGAUCUGAAGCAGACUUCAGAUUACAAGACAAAGAAGAAGGAGUGUCGCAGGCUGCGACACAAACUGUUCCACAUCAAAGGCAUGGUAAAGGACUACGACAAGAACCACUGAAGGAUCCACUCUGUCCCGACCCUGCUCACAGAUAUGUGCCAAGACUUUCUCCAACAUACUGCAGAAACCCAUGUACUGAGACCAAAGUUACAGCAUGCUAAUGGACACAUGGCACACGUAAAAACACACACAGAAAACAUGUCUGCUUCAAAAUAAUGACUCGUCUCAUGUUUUCUUUUAAUUUUCUGAACAGUCCCUACUUCUGUGGAGGCAAAAAUAAAACCAGUCUUUAGCUUUGAAACAGUCCAGUUUCUCUGAAGAAUAAGCUCAGUGUUUGAGGGCUCUCUGAUCUUUGGUCCUCUGAUAAGUUCUCUUGGAGGUUUUGCUCUACAUAUUUGCAGAGUUUCUUUGUUUUGUCUCCACAGGUAAGAGGAGGGGAAUUCUUUUAGGGGAUGUGGUAACAGGUGAAAUAGGUUGGUGCGAUUGUUUUUUGAGCAAAUAUGCAGUUUUCGUGGAACCUCAUCUUUCUGUAUUCUGUGGUUGAGCUUUUUUUCACAUCAGCAUCAGUGUUUGUAACUACGUUAACCAUCAGUAAACUGCCACUGGGAUAGCUUACCCAUUAGAUUAUUUUUUUCUGAUUAUUAGAGAUUUUAUGAGACCAAAAAGGCACCAGCUUUGCCCGUGAGCUAGGUGUGUCACCAAUGUGUUGUACAUACUCAGUGAUUCAAGCUUAAACUGUACUAAAUCCCAGGAACAAACUCACAAGUCAGUCCUUAUACUGUUGUAUUGUACAUAAUGAAUACUUUAGUGAUUUGCUUCUUUUUUAUUCAGUGUUUGUUCAAAAUCUACAUAAGCUAUGCAAACUAGUUCAAUUAACCACUGUUUUUAUAUUUUGUUUCAUGCACACUCCUCAACAGCACGUUUUUAUGUAGAAAUCUGUCAUAAUGUUGAAAUAAUUCAUUUCACACAUAAGAUGAAAGAUAUCCUGUACAUAUUGAAAUUGCUUAGACACACGUGAUUUGUCAUGCAUUUGUAUUUUUACGACGAGCAUUGUUGUCAUUUUACAAACCAUUAUCGAGCCAUUUAUUUUUUAUAAGAAUUUAUUUUCUUUUAUGCUAUUAUAAAAUGACAAUUUUUUGUAACUGUCCACCUUCAUGAAUUAUGUUGUCUAAAAAAAUGAAAAUGAGUACUUAAUAAACAUUUCU